GUUGGUAUUGCGAGAACCGCGGGAAUGCUCCACUUGCGCUGUUGGGGCUAAGAUGGGGCAGCUGUUAGGGAGAAGUUGAAGAAUCAGUAGCGAGCUUAUGUCUUAUAAUCUUAAUAGCUUUGAGACCAGAGUUCCCGACGAUAAGAGAAUCUGCGUACGAGAGUUCUGGUAGUUUUGGACCGGCGAUCGAGAACAGGAACAGCUGGUGCACGGGCUGCCAGCCGACCAUGGAGGAGCAGUUCGCCGCCGGCCCAGACGCGCGGGCGCAGUCGCAGCGUAAAGCGAGCGGCACACUCACCUCGUUCCUGACGGGCCGCGCCAUGGAGAUCCCAGAGCGCGACAUCCUCGGCCGCUGCCGGUUCGUCUCCGAGUUCGAGAAGCUGAACCGGAUCGGCGAGGGCACCUACGGCGUGGUGUACCGCGCUCGCGACACGCGCUCCGACCAGAUCGUGGCUCUGAAGAAGAUGCGCAUGGAGAAGGAGAAGGACGGCCUGCCGGUAUCGGGUCUGCGCGAGAUCGCCAUUCUGCUCAAGUGCCGGCACGAGAACGUGGUGAAGCUGCACGAGGUGGCGGUGGGCCGUAGCAUGGAGAGCAUCUUCCUGGUGAUGGAGUACUGCGAACAGGACCUGGCCAGUCUGCUAGACAACAUGCAGACGCCCUUUUCCGAGUCGCAAGUCAAGUGCAUCAUGUUGCAGGUGUUUCGAGGCCUUUCGCACCUGCACCGUAGUUUCGUCGUGCACCGCGACCUUAAAGUGUCCAACCUGUUGCUAACCGACAAGGGCUGCGUCAAGAUCGCCGACUUCGGCCUGGCGCGGCUGUACGGCGCGCCGCCGCGACCGAUGACGCCCAAGGUAGUGACGCUGUGGUACCGGGCGCCGGAGCUUCUGCUGAUGGCGCGUGCGCAGACUACGGCCAUUGACAUGUGGGCAGCCGGCUGCAUUCUGGGCGAGCUGCUGGCUCACAAGCCGCUGCUGCCGGGCCGCUCGGAGAUCCACCAGCUGGAGCUCGUCAUCGAGCUACUGGGCACGCCCAAUGACACUAUCUGGCCCGGCUACUCGCAACUGCCUGCGCUCGAGAACUUCACGCUCAAGCAGCAACCGUACAACAACCUCAAGCAGCGCUUCUCCUGGCUGUCCAACUCGGGCCUGCGCCUGCUCAACUUCCUCUUCAUGUACGACCCGCGCAAGCGCGCCACCGCUGACGAGUGCUUGGAGAGCUCGUACUUCAAGGAGCAGCCGCUGCCGUGCGACCCGCGUCUCAUGCCCACCUUCCCGCAGCAUCGCAACCUGAAGGCGGGCACGGACCAGUUCCAGCUGUCCGAGCUGCUGCAGAACCUCAGCAAACGGCGCAAGCUCGAGUGA